GUGUAGUUCUCGCAACCACAAGUGUUCUAACCGUCAAAGCUAUCGUUUCACGUCCUGUGCGCGUGCGUGAGCGUUUGUGAUUUUGUUUGGUUUCCUUUGGACAAGUUUGAAGUGAUCACAGAAACAAAAUGACCGUCAACGAAAAAACCCGACUGCUGCCUAAGGAGUAUCAGAAAUCCCAUGUCAUUCCGAUUCCCCAGGAAGAUCUGAACAACAAUACCACCACGAGUCUAAUCAGUGAAUUUGACUCGUACGCGCUAACGAAAGAUGAGCUGGCGAAAUACAUUGACGACCCAUUCUGGAACCGAGUAAGGCACAUUUGCUUCUCCCUCUACUGGCUGCUGUGUCUGGUAGCGUUGGUGAUCUCCUGUUACAUUGCCGUGUCAGCAUUGGGCAGCGAGUUUUGUGACGACACCACCAACGGAUCAUCGCACACGGAUAACCUAACGAAUGCGCCCAGCGCGAUAAUAAGCGGUACCACACCCAUCGAAAUCGUCUCCAGUGCUGGCAGUCCAGGCGUUAUCGUUCCCCUGCUUAGCCAGCCGUCCUGAAACUAAAACCUGCCCGCAAAAGUGACUCGAUAGCUGUGAUUGAACUAAUCCUAAUUCUAAGCUAGUGACAAGAUUAGUACUAUGAGAAAAUAUUUAUUCAAACUAAAUCGCAUCCACCUCACACCUGACGACGCCAUUCAGGCGCAUCUCAUCGGAUCAUCUGGAGUGACAUUCCGAUUACAUUACUAAGCUAAUAGAGAAAAAACAAUCAUUGAUAGCCGAUCGAAUGCAUCACAUGGCCCCUGCACUUGCUUAUCAGAUUACCUUUUCGCAUGGUUGAGAGUUGAAAUAUAAGCUUUUACAUUGUCGCGAAGCACUCGCACCGGGGCCGCGUCCUGCGUUGAUAGGGACCAAAGGCAGCCGGUUCGAAGCGCAUUUCGACACGUAAACAUGUGGUCGGCAAGGACCGAUUAGCUAAGAUGUUUCUCUUUGGAAUAAAAACUGAUGUAAUAUAGGGGAGAAAUUUCCUCAGACUUGUUGCCGUUGAUGUUUGUCCCGCGAUCGUAAAAUAGGUUCUAUUGAUUAGAGUGGCCUUUGCCGUGUAAGCAAGUAAUAAAAGUUGUUAAAUAUUUAUGUA